AUGGUUGGAUCACCAAGAUCGCCAAAGCCCGAAGGAUCGAAGCCGAUCGACAUUCCUCAACCGUCCAUUCGAAACAUCCAACUGGACUCAAUUGGCCAUCAUCCACCAUCGGAUUCUCCAUUGCGAAACCGAGUUCCUCAACCACCUCCACCUUUUCUCUCAUCAGGUCACUCUUCUUCUGAACCAUCAACAGAAAACACAAACACUAGUUCUGAACCAUCACCAACAACCUCUCCUGAACCCUCACCACCUGACUCUCCUCAAUAUCCGCACUACUAUCUUCGAAAAGUUCCACCCCACUUUCUUCGUUUGCCACCUCGCAUUUCGCAACCAUCCUCUCCUCACGUACCACUGUACCCUUGGUUUAAAGCUAUGUAUCAACCACCAGCUCCUGAGGGUCAGCAACAGCCAUUAUUCCCUUGGGCUAGGGCUUUGACUCGGAGUCGGCACCAACCACCAUCCCCUCCGCCGCCACCACCACCACCACCACCGCCGCCCUCUCCUCCUCAGCAAACUAAUCAGGAACGUUUCCUCACAAAUGUCAUAAUCUACAUAGUCAUUGUGGACAUCUUGGCUCUUGGUUUUGGAGUGGACGUGAUCACUCAGGGCUGGUUUAGCAGUUUCAAGCACAUGUCACAUAUCAGAAGCUGA